AUGAAGUACUUUCUUCUGCCAAUUCAUUUAGCAUUUCUCUAUAGCUUUGCACUAAGUAAACCUGUCCAGAUAGCUGCAAGAAACAAUGACUUAGGUAGUGAAAUAGCUGUGUAUGAAGGAGACAUCCUCUUGAGAAGAGGACGACGCAGUGCAAUUAACUGUGAGAGUUGUUUAUGGCCCAAGUCACAAGAUGGACUAGUCAAGGUUCCAAUUAACAUCUCUUCUGACUUCUCAGUGACAGAAAGGUCUUGGAUUGCUGAUGCUCUGCAAGAGAUCUCCACGCUGACCUGUGUGCAGUUUGUAAAUCGCACUACAGAAACAGACUACGUGUAUGUUGAACGUGGGCAGAGCUGCUGGUCUUACUUUGGAAAAAUUGGAGGACGUCAAGCAGUAGGCCUGGUGACAAAUGGUUGCAUGGAUAAAGGAGCAAUUCAGCAUGAAAUGAACCACGCACUGGGUUUCAUCCAUGAACAGGCACGGAGUGAUCGGGACAGGUUUGUCAAGAUUAUGUGGGAACACAUUGUGGCAGGAGAACAAGGGAACUUUGGAAAAGUGAAUUCCAAAAAUCUGGGCCUUCCCUAUGACUAUUCUUCAGUGAUGCACUAUGGCGCGUAUGAUUUCUCCAGCACUCCAGGGAAACCAACUAUUGUACCAGUUCCUGACCCCUCUAUACCCAUUGGGCAGAGAGAAGGGCUGAGUAACUUGGAUGUAGCUAAAAUCAACAAGCUCUACAAGUGCAAUUGCUGUAGCUCUGUGUUGCCUAAAUCCAAAGGCUCGUUCUCCUCUGUCAAUUACCCAUCCCCAUACCCGAACAACAGCAACUGCCUGUGGUUGAUCCGCAUCCAUCGAAGUAAGAUUUUUCUGCAGUUUGAGGCUUUUGAUCUCCAACCCUCCUCAGACUGUUCUUCUGACUAUCUAAAAAUUUACAACGGAAACAGCAAGAAUUCCCCUGUCUUGCUGAACAAAUACUGUGGGAAGGCACCACUGCCCUCCUUAGUGGCAUCUGGAUCGACAAUGCUGGUAGAGUUUGCAAGUGAUGAGACCAUUACAGCCACAGGAUUCAGAGCCUCCUAUAACAGGGUGAAUUGUGGAGAUACUUUCACAGACUCAAAUGGAGUCAUCACCUCUCCAAACUACCCCAAUAAAUACCCCAAAAACCGAGCAUGCUUCUGGGUCAUCAGUUCUCCAGUAGGAUACAAGAUAUCUCUCAAAAUGUUAUCCUUUGAGCUGGAAGAUAGUGACAGAUGCAUCUAUGACUACGUGCUCAUACAUGAUGGAAGCCGACCUACAUCACCUGCAGUUGGCCCUUACUGUGGGACAGAGAAGGUUGCAGACUUUACUUCCACUGGGAACUUUGUACUGGUUGAAUUUCACAGUGAUAUAGUUUGGGAGUUGCCUGGAUUCGUGAUGAGUUACACAUUUG